AUGAACCUUCAGAAAGACUGUCGUUGUCGUAGGAAGAUUGAUUUCGACAAACCAUCGGAUCCGCUUAACGGAGGUCAUGGUCGUGUCGAGGGGAUCACGGGCAUGACUCAAGACAAACACCGAGAUAGAGCCGAUGUCCUCAUUAGGGACACACAACACAUCACCCCCCCCCCCCCCCUCCAGCACUCUAGUUAUUCUCAAGACACUUCACCAGGCACUCACUACCCUCUUAUCUUCUCUGCAACAAAGGACGUCGUUCGCAAGCUGAAGGGAGCAUAUUUCCAAAGGACCAUAUCCAAGCUGUCCUCCCGAGAUAAGGCAGGUCCUGACGUAAGGACCCUGUUGCUGCAGAACUGUCACGUACAAGACAUUUCCAGAGCGAGCGAGACUCCGAAACUGGAAGCUCAAAGGAGGCGUCCCCCCCCCCUCUGCUCUGAGCUCAAUUCUAUAGUUCCAGGAGCUGUCCAUGGUUACCAUCGUAUCCUAGCCGGACCGCUAGGGCGAAUCGGCAAUGGCGAGGCAUCUCCUCAGUACAAGAAAGAGGGAAGCAUUCUGGAAAUGAGCAAGUCGAGCGAUGAAGGAGCUAAGGGUUUUCCCGAUUGCACAUCGAGCAGAAAUCCAUGUCUUGGGAACAUGGGAACAUGCUAUAUCGACCCGGCUGGAUUAGGGCCAUGCCUAGGAGCGAGUUCUCAUGAUGAUGGUUCAAGGGUCACCACAGCUGAUGAACAGGGUGUGUCGUCAUCAUACGGGAGUAAAUAA